AAGACGUGGGCGAACUAUCAUCAACUGGAGAAGGAAGAAGAAUGGCACUGACACUAACACUGGCCACUUCCGUUCAUCUUCUCAGCUCCACCUCCGUCGCGCGUCCUCCCAUCUUCGCCACCGAUUUUCGUCUCCGAUCGCGGUCUCGACGGACUGCAUCGUCGAUCUCUAAAUUCCAGCUCGGAUUUACUUCGACAACUCAUCGCUGCCUCUGCUCUUCGUCCUCCGCUGCAUCUCCUAUGCAAUUCGAAGUCUCCACUCCGAAUUCUCAGUUUCUUGAGAGUUUGCUGUAUUCAAGAGCGUAUUGGGUUACGGAAGGCGUGAUAGCUUGGAAUGUGGAUGUUGGUGAAGGUUCUGUUUACUUGUAUGGGAGCAGAGUCGCUGGUUUAUCAUUCAACGAAGAUGGAAUCGAUGGUUAUGAUUUUAGAGUCGAGCUUGAAGCUGAAUCCGGAUCACUUCAUACCACUGUGAUUGAGAAGUUUCCACAUAUUGUGGAUUACAAUCCGUUCAAAGUUCCUUCGGAUUUGGAUAUCAGGGACCUUGUCAAAAGCCAAUUAGCUAUUGUUUGCUUUGAUGCGGAAGGACGGUUUGUACAGGGAACUGGUUUGCAAUUGCCUGGCGUCCUAGAUGAAUUGUUCUCAUAUGACGGUCCCCUAGGUGCAAAUUUUACACCAGGAGGAGGUGUCUCUCUUCACCUCUGGGCUCCCACUGCUCAAGAGGUUUCUGUGUGCAUCUACAAAAACCCACUUGACAAGAGUCCGACUGAAAUCUGCCCAUGCGAAGAGGUUAGUGGUGUGUGGAGCAUUAACGGUCCUAGUAGUUGGGAAGGAUGCUAUUAUGUGUAUAAAGUAUUAGUCUAUCAUCCAAGCACCUUUAAAGUGGAAACUUGCUAUGCAAACGAUCCUUAUGCCCGGGGGCUUUCAGCUGAUGCGAGCAAAACUUAUCUGGUCAAUCUUGAUUCUGAUGAUCUAAAACCUGAAGGAUGGGAGAAAUUGGCAGACAAGAAGCCAUGCCUAAGAUCCUUCUCAGAUAUAAGUAUUUAUGAGCUGCAUGUGAGGGAUUUUAGUGUCUAUGAUGAGACUGUCGAACCUGAACACCGUGGGGGAUAUCUGGCUUUCACUUUAAAGGAUUCUGCAGGUGUUAAACAUCUUCAAAAGUUAGCGGAUGCAGGUCUUACCCAUCUACAUCUUCUUCCCACAUAUCAAUUUGGUGAUGUUGAUGAUGAGAAGGAGAACUGGAAGUAUAUAGAUACCAGUGUGCUGGAAGGAUUACCACCUGAUUCAGCUGAGGCACAAGCUCGUAUUACAGAAAUCCAGAAUGAUGAUGGCUUUAACUGGGGGUAUAAUCCUGUGCUCUGGGGAGUCCCAAAAGGAAGCUACGCUAGUGAUCCGAGUGGUCCAUGCCGUAUAAUUGAAUUUAGAAAAAUGGUUCAGGCUCUUAAUCGUAUCGGUCUUAAUGUCGUCUUAGACGUUGUUUACAACCACUUGCAUGCAAAUGGGCCACACAACAAAGACUCUGUCCUUGAUAAGAUAGUUCCAGGUUACUAUUUGAGAAGGAACAAUGACGGUUUUAUUGAAAACAGUACAUGCGUAAACAACACUGCCAGCGAGCAUUAUAUGGUUGAUCGUCUGAUACGGGAUGAUCUAUUAAACUGGGUUGUUAAUUAUAAGGUUGAUGGAUUCCGUUUUGAUCUCAUGGGUCAUAUAAUGAAAGAUACAAUGGUAAAAGCAAAAUCUGCAAUUUGUAACUUGAGAAAGGAAACGGAUGGAGUUGAUGGUUCAAGAAUUUAUUUAUAUGGCGAAGGAUGGAACUUUGGUGAAGUUGCUAACAAUGGACGUGGAGUUAAUGCCUCACAGUUCAACUUAACCGGGACUGGAAUUGGAAGUUUUAAUGACCGUAUACGAGAUGCAACUCUUGGUGGAUCUCCAUUUGGCCAUCCUCUUCAACAAGGAUUCAUUACAGGUUUAUUGUUACAGCCUAACGGUCAUGAGCAUGGUUCAGAAGCUACCCAGCUACUAAUGCUUUCUACUGCUAAAGAUCACAUCCAGAUUGGGAUGGCUGCAAAUUUGAAGGAUUAUGUGCUAACUAAUCACGAAGGAAAAGAGGUGAAAGGAUCAGAGAUUUUAUUGCAUGAUGCCACACCUGUUGCAUAUGCUUCACAGCCUACAGAAACUAUUAACUACGUCUCUGCUCAUGACAAUGAAACCCUCUUUGACAUUAUCAGUUUGAAGACACCGAUGGAAAUCUCAGUUGAUGAAAGGUGUCGAAUAAAUCAUUUAGCAUCAAGUAUGAUUGCCCUCUCACAGGGUAUACCAUUCUUCCAUGCUGGGGACGAGAUUUUACGCUCGAAGUCACUUGAUCGUGAUUCUUACAACUCCGGUGAUUGGUUCAAUAGGCUAGACUUCAGCUACAACUCCAACAACUGGGGUGUUGGGAUUCCUCCGAAAGGGAAAAACGAACACAGUUGGCCGCUGAUUAAACCGAGGUUGCAAGACCCAUCCUUCAAACCUCAGAGCAGUCACAUAGUUUCCACGCUCAACAGUUUCUUAGACUUGUUACGCAUCAGAUACUCAUCACCUCUCUUCCGUUUAGAGACAGCAAAGGAUAUCCAGGACCGAGUGCGAUUUCAUAACACAGGCCCCUCAUCAGUCCCUGGAGCCAUCGUCAUGAGCAUUGAAGAUGGUCACAAAGGCAUAGCAUGUGUAUCUCAGAUCGAUCCAGUCUACUCAUUCGUUGUGGCCAUCUUCAAUGCUCGCCCGUCUGAGCUCUCAUUUCUCGCUCCCGGUCUAAAAGACAGGAAUCUCGAAUUACAUCCGGUACAGGUGAAGUCGGGAGAUGAAAUAGUAAAAAAAUCAGUGUAUGACGCUUUUUCCGGCGGCUUCACUGUACCGGCAAGAACAACUGCAGUGUUUGUUGAAUUACGGGAUGGUUGAGCCUAUCUUUUCUAACAACACAUAACCCUGUACCAUAAAUUCUCUCGUAACAUGACUUGUUCUUAAUACAAUGCCUUGGGUUUCAUUUUUCUGUAAUGUUGAUUCUGUUCCGUUA